AUGUUUAUCACAGCACAAUUUCAUAAUAAGACAGCGUAUUUUCCAAAUACCAUCAUUAUCAGCAAACUUCUGCAGGGUAACAUCUUCUUAUCUGGGAGCCUUAGCCCUGGGACUCCAAGGCAUUUCCACUUGGUGAUCAGCAGUGAACACAGAGGACUCACCAUUGAGUUUGGGCUGAGCUGGGUUUUCCUUUUUGCUGUUUUAGAAAGUGUCCAGGUUGAGGUGCAACUGAUCGAGUCUGGGGGAGGCUUGGUACAGCCUGGGGAGUCCCUGAAACUCUCCUGUGAGGCAUCUGGAUUCACCUUUAGUAACUCUACCAUGGAUUGGGUCCACCAGGCUCCAGGGAAGGGGCUGGAGUGGGUUUCAGUUAUUAGCAGUGGUAGCACCAUACACUACGCAGACUCGAAGGGCCGAUUCACCAUCUCCAGAGACAACGCCAAGAACUCACUGUAUCUGCAAAUGAACAGCCUGAGAGCCGAGGACACGGCUGUGUAUUACUGUAGCAAGGAC